AUGACUCUUACGAUGUCAGGAGACAACAUAACUUUGAACGGUUCAUCUAGAAAUUUAUGUGAUAAUGCGUCUGAAAGAAUUUUUGACACCGGUUUAAAACGGAAAGACAAUGGCACUAAAGAAAACCAAUUGACGUUAGACGAAUUCCGAACGACAAUAAACCAAAACUACAAUCCAGAAGCGAAUCCUAUUUAUACCUUUUCACCUGAGAGCGCGGAAUCAUCCGAGUCUCAAGAAUCAAGCUCUCAUGAGUAUUCUAGUUAUCCAAAUGGGAUCUCAUUUCAAAAUAGCCGCCGAGAAAAUACAACGGUUGAGAAAAAUAACUUUGAAAAAGAUGCUUUGAAUUCGGAAAUAUUUUCCCAAGAUGGCCAGUCAUACCAGCAACACCAACAACAAACAUCAGAACAAUAUGAACAUUCGGGUAUCAGUCAUCAUAUGCAUUAUCAGCAGCCACAGCAGUUUCAACAUCAGCAGAACAUUCAAAAUCAAUCUAGAAUCAAAAGGUGGCAAAUGAAACCAGAAGUGCAAAGCCAUCCAGUAUUUUCACAAUCCAAUCAUCAACGUCUGAUGUCUGUUCAUAGAGGUAAUCAGCGCAAACAAAGCAGUGGUAAAAGGUCAAGAACUGCAUAUUCAAGUGCCCAAUUAUUUGAGCUUGAAAAAGAAUUUCUUUGUGGGCGUUAUUUAUGUCGACCCCGGCGGAUUGAGAUGGCAGCGGCCUUGUCACUAACAGAGAGACAAAUCAAAAUAUGGUUUCAAAAUCGUCGAAUGAAGUUUAAAAAGGAGCAGACUUCCGUAAAGCCUGAAGGUAACCCAAUAAAAUCAGUUAAAACUGAAAUGAAGUCUGAAACAAAACAAGAAUUGAUUGAUCAUUCAUCGUCAACUUCAUUGCGAAAUAUUUUGCCUUCUCAAAAUGAUCAAAAACUCGAGUAUUAUUCUAAUUCAGAGAGCUAUUUAUACACUUCACCUCCAGUGUAUACUCCAUCAGUUCAUCAAAGUUACGACCGAAUUGCGAGUUUUAAUGACUUUGUUAAUCACAAUAAUCGACGGCAAGUAUUUCCUAGCAUUACUGAAAAACAAAACGCAAUGGACGUGCCAGAUUAUCGAGUCAUUUAUCAAACACAACAAUUAAGUGAGCAAAAUAACGAGCAACAAGUUUCAAAGUCGAAUUCAUCUGUUGAACGCAAUGAGUGUUUCAAAGAUUAUGGGAGAACAGAAAUUUAUCAAUACCAAGAAUAUGCAUGGUAUGGUUCAGCAAACUCCUACAUAAAUAAUAAUUACUCUACAUCUCACCCCGGAACUAUGAAUUACCACCACCGAAAUAACUACGGAAAUCUCCUUGAAAAUACUAAUGGAUUUCAAGAUUACCCUUCAUCGAUACCCCCUGAUUUUCCAUUAUGGUCAAAUACUUAUCAUUCGGAAUCAACGGAUAUUGAAAAAACCAUCGACACUGAUGAUGCCGUACGCGAUACUGACUUAGAAACCACGAACUUAACGAAUUUGUAGUGACUGUAUUUUUUUACC